UGUGUGACGGGAUGGGAACCAUCGGGCUUCUGUGGCUGCUGCUGCCGCUGCUGCUUUCAAUGGCAGCCUUGGGCUCCGGGACUGGGACCGGCCAGAGCGCGGGCUCACCGGCGGUGGGGCCCCCGCUGCAGCCCCGGGAGCCGCUGAGCUACUCGCGCCUGCAGAGGAAGAGUCUGGCGGUGGACUUCGUGGUGCCUUCGCUCUUCCGCGUCUAUGCCCGGGACCUGCUGCUGCCGUCAGCGCCCUCGGAGCUAAGGGCGGGCAGACCGGAGGCGAGGGGCUCCCUGGCUCUCGACUGCGCCCCGCUGCUCAGACUGCUGGGGCCUCCGCUAGGAGUCUCUCCCGCUCCGGAGGCGGCCCGGACGCUGUCCAGGGUGCUGAAGGGCGGCUCGGUGCGCAAGCUUCGGCGCGCCAAGCAGCUGGUGCUGGAGCUGGGAGAGGAGUCGAUCCUAGAGGGUUGCGUCGGACGCCCAGAGGAGGCAGUUGUGGGACUGCUCCAGUUCAACCUCAGCGAGCUAUUCAGCUGGUGGAUUCACCACGGAGAAGGACGGCUGAGAAUCCGCCUCAUGCCGGAGAAGAAGGCGUCGGAAGGGGGCAGAGAGGGAAGGCUGUCCGCGGCGAUCCGCGCCUCCCAGCCCCGCCUUCUCUUCCAGAUCUUUGGGACCGGUUUAGGUCGUGGCAAUAUGGAGUCACCAACAAACAUGCCUUCUCUUCCCCCUGACCACUUUGCAUGGAAUCUGACCUGGAUAAUGAAAGAUUCCUUCCCUUUUCUGUCUCAUCGCAGUCGAUAUGGUCUGGAGUGCAGCUUUGACUCCCCCUGUGAGCUGGAAUAUUCCCCUCCACUGCAUGACCUUGGAAACCAGAGCUGGUCCUGGCGCCGCGUCCCUUCUGAGGAGGCCUCCCAGAUGGACUUGCUGGAUGGACCUGCGGCAGAGCGCUCUAAGGAGAUGCCCAGAGGCUCCUUCCUCCUCCUCAACACCUCAGCAGACUCCAAGCACACCAUCCUGAGCCCCUGGAUGCGGAGCAGCAGCGAGCGCUGCACCCUGGCCGUCUCGGUGCACAGGCACCUGCAGCCCUCGGGGAGGUACGUUGCCCAGCUACUGCCCCACAACGAGGCCGGAAGAGAGAUCCUCCUGGUGCCCACUCCAGGGAAGCACGGUUGGACAGUGCUUCAGGGAAGAAUUGGCCGCCCAGAGAAUCCAUUCCGAGUGGCCCUGGAAUACAUCUCCAGUGGAAACCAAAGCUUGUCUGCGGUGAACUUCUUUGCCCUGAAGAACUGCAGUGAAGGAACAACCCCAGGCUCCAAGAUGGCCCUGCAAAGCUCCUUCACUUGUUGGAACGGGACAGUCCUCCAGCUUGGGCAGGCCUGUGACUUCCACAAGGACUGUGCCCAGGGAGAAGACGAGGGCCAGCUAUGCCGUAAACUCCCUGCUGGUUUUUAUUGCAACUUUGAGGAAGGCUUCUGUGGCUGGACCCAAGGCACACUCUCGCCCCCCACUCCCCAGUGGCAGGUCAGGACCCUAGAGGAUGCACUGUUCCAGGAACACCGAGGCCAUGCCCUGUUGCUCAGCACCACUGAAGUCCCCGCGGCUGAAAGCGCCACAGUGACUAGUGCCACAUUUCCCGCACCGAUGAAGAACUCUCCAUAUGUGUCUGGCAUUGCGGCUGCUGGUAAUAAAGAGCACAGCAGAGUGGCGGCCAUCCCGCCCUCCCCCUGCCUCUCGCACAUCCGAGCAGCCUGA